AUGACGGAGCGCGAACCCGGCUACCAGAGCCUCUCCGAACCUCCCAAUGCCCUCCUGACCCCUACUCGGAAUUCCGACCUCUGCGACUACAGGGAGGCAUUGGAGCUGCACGAGAUCCAAACGCACGAAGAUAACCAGCUCGACCUUUCCGAUCCCUCCGCCUCCUCAGGCGAGGAAUAUGUCGUCCAUCGCACUCCAUCCCGGACAUCCCGUGCCUCGCGGUCCUCCAGCGUCCAACGGAAAGGCAUCUGGGGACAGGUGUGUCGGUUCUGGACCAGCCAUGUGAUCCUGACCGUUCCGCAAAAGAGCAAUCGCGAUCAUUUCGCGCUGGAACGGACCUUUCUCGCGUACAUUCGCACUUCGACGGUUAUUGCCAUGCAAGGGGUGUUGGUGGCUCAAUUGUUUCGGCUGCAACGACCGGCGGGACCCGUGAACCGUCUCUCAUUCCAUGAGGUUGGGGUUCCAUUGUCUGUUGCAUGCCACUGCGUGGCUGUGAUUGUUGCUUUUAUCGGAGCUUUUAGGUUUUGGAAACAGCAAAAUGCGAUGGCGCGGGGGAAGAUAUAUUCCGGUGGAUGGGAGUUGAAUUCGGUCGGGGCGUUUCUGUUCUUGAUUAUUGUGGCGACCUUGGUGCUCACAGUCAUCAUUCUCAUCCAGAUUGACUUGGCGCCGAAAGCGCUGAUAGCCCGCAUAUUGGGUCUUUAG